AGCCUCAGCAGCAGAGCCUCAGCAGCGCAGCAGCAGUGUGUGUGUGCGUCUGGCUGGUGUCGGUAUUGCUGCUGCAGAGAGAGAGGAACCAGCUCGGCUCCUCUCUGCUGGUUCAGUGUGUAGACUCAGCUCUCCGGUUCUCUCCAUCUCUGGAUGAGGACACUUACCGGACACUGCGCUGGACAUCACGGUGAGGACAAUCACCAGAUGGAAAUAUUACAUUAAUACCAAGUGGAUUACUCAUCACGCCUUUUUCUACAUUAUGGAGUAACAUUUCUUCACAACAUGAUGCUCGCCUUCAAAUCAGAUCUCCUCCACUGCUGCACAGAUUUCAGCUUUUAAAGACCAGCAGCCACGACUGGAUGGAUGUGCAGUCUUUAUCUUUUUUUAUAAUCAAAUGUGCUUAAAAACAUUAGUUAUGUGCGGGUUGGAUAUGCUCAGAUUCCUAUAAAACACUGAGCGUGAAUUCGUGCAGGGAGGAAAGCCCAAAGAAGGAAGUCCAGGACGGGAUAGGUGCACAGAAACCACCCGCUCCCCAAAGAACAACAUGGCCUCGGUGUGGAAGAGACUGCAACGUGUGGGGAAGCAUGCCUCCAAGUUCCAGUUCGUGGCUUCCUAUCAGGAGCUGAUGGUGGAAUGCACUAAGAAAUGGCAACCGGACAAACUGGUGGUGGUGUGGACGCGCAGGAGUCGGCGGAAAUCCUCCAAGGCCCACAGCUGGCAGCCUGGCAUCAAAAACCCCUACAGAGGAGUGGUGGUGUGGCCCGUACCAGAGAAUAUCGAGAUCACGGUCACUCUCUUUAAGGAUCCCCAUGCAGAGGAGUUUGAAGACAAAGAAUGGACGUUUGUCAUUGAAAAUGAGUCUCCGUCAGGGCGGAGGAAGGCCUUGGCCACCAGCAGUAUAAACAUGAAACAGUACGCCAGUCCGAUGCCCACGCAGACGGACGUCAAACUCAAGUUCAAGCCGCUGUCCAAGAAGGUGGUGUCGGCCACGCUGCAGUUCUCCCUCUCCUGCAUCUUCCUCCGUGAGGGAAAGGCCACCGAUGAGGACAUGCAGAGCCUGGCCAGCCUGAUGAGCAUGAAGCAGGCGGACAUCGGCAACCUGGACGACUUUGAGGAGGAGAACGAGGAGGACGAGGAGAACAGGGUUAACCAGGAGGAGAAGGCUGCCAAGAUCACAGAGAUAGUAAACCAGUUGAAUGCCCUCAGCUGCUUAGAUGAUGAUGAUGAUGAUGAUGAUGAUGAUGGUGUCCUUAAGCGAGCACGCAGAGCAACCGCUAAGCCUGCCGCGUCCUCCCAAGAGCUCAUCAACAAGCUGAACUUCCUGGAAGACGAGGACCAGGAGGCGUCUCUCGCCAUGGGCUCGAAUCCCUUCGACGACCCCGAUGACGACCUUCAUCCUAACCACCUCAACCCGUUUGGUGACCCUGAAGAGGACGAACCCCGUCUCCAGCCGCUGUUCAGGCAGCGGGUCGAUGACGAUGAUUCCUUCUACGACCACGAAUCCUCCAAUCCGUUCGAUGAGCCGGGUGAACCGGAGACAGAAACACCACACCCUGGAAACCCCUUCGAUGAGCCCGAGGACCAGGACCAGGACCAGGACCAGGACCAGGACCAGGACCUGGACCAGGACCAGGACAUGGACCUCCAGCCAGACCCAGAACCCCCCAAGCCCAGGCAGAGGAAAGGAGUCCGGCCAGUCGACAUGAGCAAGUACCUGUACGCCGACACUGCUCGCAACGAGGACGAGGAGCUCGACGAAUCCAACCCGUUCUACGAGCCAAGGACAUCGAGCCCCGUGCAGCCCCCCUCCGCCGGCGGCCCCUCCCUGGACGUGGGCGGCGGCCAGAAGAGGAGGGCUCCCCCGCCCCCGAGUUCCAGCCCUGGCCUCGGUCCCAGUCCGCCGGCUCCCAGACCCGGCGCCAGUGGCCCAGACAGGGAGAGAGCCCAGCCGGUCGGGCCCAGCCCGGUCGCAGCGGUGAUGGGGAGAGAGCUGGCCUCCUCCUCCUCCCCCAAGCCCAGCCCCGUCCCGAGCCCGGUUCUGGGAGGGAAGCCCAACGCCAGCCAGUCUCUGCUGGUCUGGUGCCGUGAGGUCACCAAGAACUACCGCGGGGUGAAGAUCACCAACUUCACCACCUCCUGGAGGAACGGGCUGGCCUUCUGCGCCCUGCUGCACCACUUCAGACACGACGUCAUAGACUACAAGUCGCUCAAUCCUCAGGAUAUUAAAGAAAACAACAAAAAGGCAUAUGAUGGCUUUGCGAGCCUGGGUAUCUCCCGUCUCCUGGAGCCGUCGGACAUGGUGCUGCUGGCCAUUCCCGACAAGCUAACGGUGAUGACCUACCUGUACCAGAUCCGGGCCCACUUCUCCGGCGAGGAGCUCAACGUUGUGCAGAUAGAGGCCAACAGCAGUCGCAGCACCUACAAGGUGGGCGACUUUGAAACGGACACAAACGCCUCCAUAGGUCAGGACAAGUUCUACGCUGAGAUCAACGACGUGCAGCACCACCAGGCUAACUCUGAGCCCGCCGAAUCCGCCGGCGGCGUUAACUCUGAAUCUAACGGCACUAAAGCCGCCGAAGAGGAGGAGGUGACAGAGCCGGGUCGGAAGGCUGAAGUAGCAGCGGUCGGCUUGCCAGUGGCGGGGCCUUUACAGUCCUCCCCUCCUGUCCCGUCGCCACGCACAGCGCUAGUCGCCUCGGUGAAGGACUCGACCCGCGCGACACCGUCGAGCUCCGAGGACAGGGGCAAUCUGCUCAAAGCCAACACUUUAGACCUCAGCGAGUUACCGCAGAGAGUGGAGAGAGAGAUGGAGAAGGAACGACAGCAGAAGGACGAGGCGGGAGAGGAACGGAGUGCAGAGCCGGGGUCCCCCACCAGGAGAGGGGCCCACUCGUCAUCACCCCACCAGAAACUGGGCUUCUCCUACAACAGGGACGCUGACCUCAUCAAGAAGAAGAGGGCGAGCCUGCGUCACUCGGAGUCUGAGCCCGCCUCAGAAACCAGCUCGCCUCCGGUCAACCACACAGACACGCCUCCCAAACAGGAGCCGACACCUGCUCCGGUAUCAAGUCCCCCUGCUGAGAAGAGGGUGCUGUCUCGUCAGGAGGAGCUGAAAGAGAGAGCCCGACUCCUCCUGGAGCAGGCCCGCAGAGACGCUGCGAUGAAGGCCGGCAACAAGAACGUCCCCAACUCAGCCGCCAGCGCACCAAACAGAGCCACGACCGUCUGCGAUGAGCGGGACGCAGAGCGACGGAGACAGCUGAGAGAGCGAGCCAGGCAGCUGAUAGCCGAGGCUCGAUCCGGAGUCAAGAUGUCCGACAUGAGCACGCUGGACCCGUGCAGCACCGAGAGAGGAAAGGGCGGCAAGGCGAGCCCUGCUGGAGAUGUUUGGGAUGGAGUGAGAGGUCAUCAUGAGGAUGAUGGUGAAAGGGGUGAGGAUGAGGAAGAGGGGAGGGCUGAGGAAGAGCAGCUGCGUUUUGGUGGUGGUGGUGGUGAUGAUGAUGAUGAUGCUGUCGCUGCCACAUCUGCGUCUGCGCUGGUUACUAACCCACUGCCUCUGGAGGUCCUUCUUCCAGCCAGCUCCAGCACCCUGGUCCCUCUGGAGCUUACUAACCCCGGCUCUGAGCUAACUUCUCUGGGUACCAACAGUAAGCAUGUGGAUCUGAAGCUGAAGAAGCUGGUGGAGGUCAGCCCAAGAAGAGUCACCUCCCCUUCAUCCCCGUCCUCCACCUCCUCCUCAUCCUCACCCACUGCCUCCUCUUCCGCCUCCCCAGUCAGCCCUGCAGAAGGACUGGAGAAUAACGCCGAGGAGUUGCGAGCAGAGCGGCUGCGCAGAGCGACUGAGAGGUUGCGCAGCCCGGUAGUCUUCAACAAGGAUUCUGCAGUCAGGAAAACACAGCUGAAGUCCUUCAGCCAGUAUGUGGAGAGCAGACCAGAGGUGAAGAGGCAGAAGUCUGUUCCUGAGGAUCUGAAGAAGGCCGAGGAGGACCGAGGUUCACCGACGGACCUCGAUAUCCGCCGACCGUUCGAAGAGGAGAAGGCGUUCAAAGACACCAGUCAGUAUGUGGUUGGGGAGCUGUCUGCGCUGGAGAGCGAGCAGAGGCACAUAGACGCCCGAGCAGCUCGCGUGGAGAAGAGGCUGCGCUAUCUCAUGGACACAGGCAACAACAAGGAGGAGGAGGAGGCCAUGAUGCAGGAGUGGUUCAUGUUGGUCAACAAGAAGAACGCACUCAUCAGACGACAGAACCAGCUCUCUCUGCUGGAGAAAGAGCACGAUCUGGAGAGACGCUUCGAACUGCUGAACAGAGAGCUGAGAGCCAUGCUGGCCAUCGAGGACUGGCAGAAGACGGAGGCCCAGAAGAGACGAGAGCAGCUGCUGCUGGAUGAGCUGGUCAUACUGGUCAACAAACGGGACGCGCUGGUCCGGGACCUGGACGCCCAGGAGAAAGAGGCCGAGGAGGAGGACGAGCACCUGGAGAGGACGCUGGAGCAGAACAAAGGAAAGAUGGCCAAGAAAGAGGAGAAGUGUGUCCUUCAAUGAUUGUUAUUUCAGAUUAAAAAAAAACACAACCAACAAAUGUAGCCGAUAAAGAAAUGUAUCACUGUUAUUAUUAUUAUGAUUAUAAUUAUUAUGAUUUGAUAGAGGCUCUCCUAGACGGUUAUCUGAUGUGGUUGUUGUUUUGGUCCAGAGACCGGGCAGAACUCCGAGGCCCUGCGAUGCCUUUGACUUUAUACUGACUCUACGUGUCCUUCUUCUAUACCAUAUUUUUAUUUGAAUUCUCCUUUUGGUUCCCAGGAACGGUACUUUCUAUAUGUAAUAUAAAUGUGUGUGAGAGGAGAGCGGUGCAAACCCUGUGUGAUAUUUGCAUGAUGCAGCAGCAGCAGCCUCCUCCUCUGUCUGAAUGUGGAGAGCAGUCGGGUCGAGGUACAGCACAACUGGGUUUACUGGGGGGCGGGGGGGUUUAUCUUCUCAUCAUGUUGAGACGCUCAGUUGGACUUUUAAAAGGAAAAAAUAAUAUCAGUCUUUUCAAGCUACUUCAUUACUUGACUGUAAUUCAUUUUAGAGUUUUUACUUGUAAAAUAUCUUAAAGGGUGUCGGGGGGGGGGGGGGCAUUCAUAAAUCUUAACUUUCCUAUAUUGCUUUUUUUUAUUGUCUUGGCUUGAAAGCAGUUUACCAAAAGAAAGAUUCAUGUUUAAACUCUCAUGUUGUAUAUUUUCAUCACAGAUAGCUUCCAAAAAAAUCCUUUUUGUUUCAUGUUGUCAGGAUUCAUGCAGUCGAACACAAAAAAAUAUAUAUAUUAUUAUUAUUUAUUGCUGUUUGUCCUUUUUAAGCUGCUUCUUGUGAGUGAACCUACCAUCAUGUCUCAUGUGCGUUUUGUUUUUUUUUGCUCAACAACUUUUUUGGUUUCUAUUUAUUGUAUUCUGAAGAAGAGACAUUCUGCUUCCACGUGCAUCACUUCUAGAGCUCCAACAUCUGGUGCAGAUGUUUGUCCUUUUUACGUGUUGGAACAUUUAUCUGUUUAUUUAUUCCAGUGUCAUAACCUCGAGUCUUCAAUAAUAAUAAAGUCCUUAUGAUUUCAUACUCCAC